CAAACGAACCCUGUGCCUUUAAAUAACCCGGAAGUAGAAAUUGUCGCUGAAGCGGAUAUUAUCGUGAGGCGGAGGUCAGAAGUUCUCUCUCACAGCCAUCUUGGAUAUAACGUCCUGAGUCGGUGAGUAUCUCCGCUGAUAAUCCAACAUCAUCCAGCUGUUUUUCACUCAGUCCCACCUGAAUCAAAGGCAACUAUGCCUGGUGAAGCCACAGAAACGGUCCCAGUCACCGAACAGGAGAUGCAGCAGCCUCAAGUCGAGACUGCUACACCUCCUGCCCCAGCUUCCUCCCAGCAACCUGAGGCAGCUUCAGGCCCUCCUAAGCCCAAAGGCAAAAAUGCCAAGAGUGCACAGGGUGCCUCUGCCCCAAAGGCUGUCCCCGGCAGAAGAAAGCGGUCCUCUAUGUCUGCCUCUUCCUCUUCUCCUACCUCGCCAAAAUCGACUCCCUCCUCUACUCCAUUGUCACCUUUGCCAUCUCCCCUUGCUGCCUCACCUGGCAGCUCCUCUGCUAAUCAGGGUAACCGUUCGGGCCCAAAAAUUGUCAAGGCUGGCAAACAGGGUAAGGCUAAAAAGGGAGAGGCAUUUGUGCCUGCUCCUGUUCCCGAGUGCAAGGCCACAGGAGUUGAUGAAAAGCCAACCCCAUCACCAGGUGCGACUAAGGCUGAUGCAGUGCCACCUGCUUUUAAAGUUACCUCAAAGCCUGCUGUUGCAGCACCAGUAUCAUUUUCAGAUACUAUUGCCUCUAGUCCUCCUAAGUCAGUUGAUGUUAAAGCAACCUCAUUGAAAAAUGCUCCACUUAUUGCAUCUGUUGACGAUGAGCUCCCUCCCCUUAUCCCACCUGAGAAGCCAGUUAAAAUGCCAGCUUGUGCAUCUCCUGUUGAGAAACAAGGUACAAAGCCUGCUUCAUCUCCUAAGCCUAAUGCUGAGAGCUGCAGUUCUGCUCCUGUUGAGGCUACAAAGACACCACUUAAACUAAAGGCAGACAAGCCAAAGCCUGUUAAGGUUGCUGAAGCAGCAACCCCAGUAAAAUCAGCUCCCACUGAAGUUACUAAGGUGUCUUCUGAAAUAUCAGCUGUAGCUGAUGAUGUCGCUAAACAAGCUCCUGUCAAAGCUCCUAAAGCAGGUUCCAAGACUAAAGCAGCAAACCCUGGCAAAGUUGAGGAGGUUGUGGUGGAAACCCCAAGCAAGCCUGCUCCUACCCAGACUGCUAAGCCAGCUCCUGAGGCCAAAACUGCUUCUGCUGAGGCUGCUGACAAAGCUCCUAAUAAAACUAAACCGCCUGCCAAGGAAAAACCUGCUCCUGCAGAAACUAAGCCAGUAGCUGAGGCCAAACUUGUGCCUACUGAGACCACUAAGCAGGCAGCGGCCGAGGCCAAACCUGCUCCCAUAGAGGCCAGUAAGCCAGCAACUGUAGACAAAGCCCCAAAUGUAGCUAAACCACCCGCGAAGGCCAAACCGGCUCCCCCAGAGAGUGUGAAGGCAGCGGCCGAGGCCAAACCGGCUCCCCCAGAGAGUGUGAAGGCAGCGGCCGAGGCCAAACCGGCUCCCCCAGAGAGUGUGAAGGCAGCGGCCGAGGCCAAACCGGCUCCCCCAGAGAGUGUGAAGGCAGCGGCCGAGGCCAAACCGGCUCCCCCAGAGACUGCUAAGCCAGCGGCCGAGGCCAAACCGGCUCCCCCAGAGACUGCUAAGCCAGCGGCCGAAGCCAAACCUGCUCCUUCAGAGACUGCUAAGUCACUGAUUGAAGCCAACUCUACAACCACUGAGGCCACUAAGGCAGCCAAAUGUCCCUCCAAGAAGACACCUAAGCCAGUGGCUGAGGCCAAAUCUGUCCCCAACAAGGUUCCUAAACAAGCUGAAGAGAUUAAAACUGCAGCUCCUAAGGCUGCAAAGCCAGAUGCAGAGGUCAAGUCUGCACCUGCUGAUGUUAACAAGAUAGCUGCAGCACCUAAGCCAGCUGAAGAUGUCAAGCCAGCCAAAGUGGUGGAUGUUAAUGCAGCACCAGCUGAGGUUGCUAAACCUGCAAAACCAGUUGCAGACCCUUCACCUGCUCCCUUAAAGCCCACUCCAGUUGAGCCUGCUGUUCCUAACCCAGCUCCCCGUAAACUCACGUUUGCUGAGGCAGUUGCAAAACCUGCCCCUGUUAAACCUGAGGUUGAGUUAAUUACUUCAACUCCUCCUCAACCUGUCUCGCCACCCAAACCUGCCCCCACACCUGCUAAAACCCCAGCCAAGAUGGAGCCUGUGAACGACAAGAACGACAAUGGUAUUUCCUCCUUUCUCUCCUCUUGUGCCAUCUGUUUGUUUUGGUUUUGUUUUUUUCCCCCACCUGUUAGCGUUCUGAAAGAUGUUCAGAUGCUUAAAUAUGCCUUUCUCUUACAAAGGUUAGCUUACGAAAUAAAAAUUAGGUUUGCUUUAGAUGCUAAAAUAUAAGAUGCUAUUAGAUUUUUGGCAAGUGUGCUCCUGGUUUUGGAAUGCAUUAGUUCUGUUGGGUACUGUUUGUCUAAAAUGUAGUGCAGGUCAGGGCUGGUAUUGUCAUGUGUUGUCUAAUCAAGUUUGGAAAUGGCUUUUUUGGCCGGAAAGAGAUUGUUUUUCAACAAAGUCCUGAGGAAAAUUACUAUAAUGGUAAUAAGAUGAAAAAAUGUGCUGUUUUGAAUUGAAGUACUUUGUUCCACAACAUUGGUGCAGCUUACCUUCAGAUUAACUUUCAGGUGUACACAUGUAACCUAAGUGGCACAUUGUGACAGUUUCUCUCUUGGUGGUCU